GUGUUUCAAUGCAGCGGGGUUAUACUAUUAAUAUAUUUGCACCACUAUUAACAGAUUUGCAGAUAUUAAUUGGUAGAUUUCGUUGAAGUUGUUUGUGUGGAGGUUGUACUCGGUAGUCGUUUGGCUGGGCCUGCGCGUGAGCGAGCACGCGCGCUGAACUGAGUCAGAGUGGGAGGGAGUCAGCAGCCGCGGAGCAAGCCAUCGGCCCCGCAAUCGAGAAAGAAAAGAGAACUUGCGCAAGAAAGAAGUGCUGUAAUUUGGUUUUCUGGUGGUCCACAUCGCUUCAAUUCAGUUCGCUUAAGGUUCAGAUGACAGGGAAGACAAAUUGUGGUGGCAGCGCAAGACAUUUCGGAACUCCGUAGGAACAAAACAACAACAGCAAAAAGACGGGAUUUCUCGUAGACACACAAACACACACAGGCAGUGACAAUAAAACAACACUCUCAGACAAGUGGACUGCUGCCUGGCUGCCGAGGGAGCAGUCAGGAUAAGGAAAAAGGAUAUCAGUACGUUUUCUACCUCUACCUUCAGGUAUUUAUAGGUUAUUUUCAAAACCUCGAUUCCAGCUGAACUUUAAACUCAUUAAACAAUGAAGACUUAGCCUGAACUCAUCAAGUGUCUCAAUAGCUAGCUAUAAUUUAGCUAGCGAGUGUGCGGCGUUAGCUAGCCACUAGCUUAGCUAGCUAACUAGCGCUAGCUGGCUAAACGUGUUGUUUUCCAAGAAACUUUUGGUGUUGUUUUUACUACGUUAACCCAGACAGUGAGUGAGUGCCACAAGAUUAGAGGGGAAGGGCAGGUCCCCCUCUUGACUUAUUCCCCCUCCACAUUUUUUUUUUUUAAAUGAUGGCUGCUGAGGUCAGUAGUGAGGAUACGGGCUCUGUCUCGGCAGGGACUGGGGUAGCAGGCGGUGGAGGCCCGGAGACGGCCCAUUUUCCGUUUUAUCCCAAGCCGACCAGAGUACGGGUCACUGAUUUGGGACAGGGCACAGCACCCAACCUUCACCAUCCGUCGAACACCUCCCCGGACUCCCUGCCUGAUAUGAGUAUGAUUUAUCCAGUGUCUGGAGAAGAUAUUACCGGAACAGCCUUGUCCACAGGGAGUGGCGGUGGACACGGGCUUAGUCUAGGAAUUAGCUCAGCGACCGUUGGCGGUGUUUGCUACUCUCCCACCUCGGAGGGACUUGGCAGCCGGAUGUCACCCACCUCGGCGGGUCUGGACGGGCCCAGUGUCUUCCCUCCUUUACCACCACCUCCACCACCCCCAGGCUAUGGGAUACUCGGCACCGUGGAUGAAAGCGACAUGCAGGAUGGACCGGAAUUCGAGGAAGAGGAGGUGGUCUUCCCCCUCACAGCGCCGCCCACGAACCAGUGGUACCAUGGGAAGCUCGACCGGACCAUUGCAGAGGAGCGUCUGCGGCAGGCCAGGACGCCUGGCAGCUACCUGAUCCGGGAGAGCGACCGGCGGCCCGGCUCCUUUGUCCUGUCCUUCCUCAGCAUGACCAGUGUGGUCAACCACUUCAGGAUAAUCGCCAUGUGUGGAGACUAUUAUAUUGGUGGGCGGCGCUUCUCGUCCCUCUCGGACCUGAUUGGUUAUUACAGCUAUGUGUCUUGUUUGCUGAAAGGUGAAAAGCUUCUGUCACCUGUGGCUCCUCCAGAGCCUGUAGAGGACCGGAGGAGAGUGAGAGCCAUUCUUCCAUACACCAAAGUGCCAGAGACUGAUGAGAUCAGCUUCCUGAAAGGGGACAUGUUUAUUGUUCACAAUGAACUGGAUGACGGCUGGAUGUGGGUGACCAACGUGAGGACGGAGGAGCAGGGCCUCAUUGUGGAGGACCUGGUGGAGGAGGUGGGACGGGAGGAGGACCCUCAUGAGGGCAAAGUCUGGUAUCACGGCAAGAUCAGCAAACAGGAGGCCUACAACCUGCUGAUGACAGUUGGUCAAGUGUGCAGCUUCCUGGUCCGGCCGUCCGACAACACACCUGGGGAUUACUCCCUGUUUUUUCGCACCAAUGAGAACAUCCAAAGGUUUAAGAUAUGCCCCACCCCCAACAACCAGUACAUGAUGGGGGGGAGGUACUACAACAGUGUUGAUGACAUUAUUGACCAUUAUAAAAAAGAGCAGAUCGUGGAAGGGUACAACCUGAAAGAUGCUGUUUCAGUGCAGCACCAGGAACAAGUGCUUUCGGACUUGGUGGACGGCAAGGAGAUUUAUAACACUAUCAGACGAAAAACAAAGGACGCGUUCUACAAAAACAUUGUCAAGAAAGGCUACCUCCUAUUCAAUAAAGGUAAAGGAAAGCGGUGGAAGAACCUCUACUUCAUCCUGGAGGGGAAUGACGCCCAGCUAAUCUACUUUGAGAGUGAGAAGAGGGCCACCAAACCCAAAGGCCUGAUUGACCUGAGUGUGUGCUCUGUGUACGGGGUUCAUGACAGCUUGUUUGGCAGGCCAAACUGUUUCCAGGUUGUGGUUCAGCACUUUAGUGAGGAACAGUACAUAUUCUACUUCGCUGGCGAGACCCCUGAACAGGCACAGGAUUGGAUGAAAUGUCUGCAGACGUUCUGCAGUAACCUUAGGAAACCUACCCAGCCAACUGCCAACAAGAGGCUCAGACAGGUGAGCAGCCUGGUCCUGUAUGUGGAGGAGGCCCAUAAGUUGCCGGUGAAACACUUCACUAACCCCUAUUGCAACAUCUACCUGAACAGUGUCCAGGUGGCCAAGACCCACCCCCGAGAGGGCCAGAACCCAGUCUUCACAGAGGAGUUCAUCUUUGAUGACUUGUCCAGUGAAAUAAACAGGUUUGAAAUCAGCCUGAGCAACAAGACGAAGAAGAGCAAAGAAAGUGACAUUUUGUUCAUGCGUUGCCAGCUGAGCCGCCUUCAAAAGGGCCAGAUGAUCGACGAAUGGUUCCCCCUGAGCUCCCACGUGCCUCUGAAGGGCAUCGAACCAGGCUCCCUGAGGGUCCGAGCACGCUACUCCAUGGAGAAGAUCAUGCCAGAGGAAGAGUACAGCGAGUUCAAAGAGCUGAUCCUGCUGAAGGAGUUCCAUGUGAUCUAUGCCCUGGCACAUGUCUGCGGUCAGGACCGUACUCUGCUCGCCAGCAUCUUGCUGCGCAUCUUCAGGCACGAGAAGGCCGAGGCGCCCCUACUCCGAACGCUCAAUGACCGAGAGAUCAACAUGGAAGACGAGGCGACGACCCUGUUCCGAGCGACCACACUCGCCAGCACCCUGAUGGAGCAGUACAUGAAGGCCACAGCCACCCCCUUCGUCCACCACGCCCUCAAGGACACCAUCCUCAAGAUCAUGGAGAGCAGGCAGUCCUGUGAGCUGAACCCCUCCAAACUGGAGAAGAAUGAGGAUGUGAAUCUGAACUUGGCUCACCUCCUCAACAUCCUGUCUGAGCUGGUGGAGAAGAUCUUCAUGGCUGCUGAAAUCCUGCCCCCAACGUUAAGAUAUAUCUACGGCUGUCUGCAGAAGUCAGUGCAGCAGAAAUGGCCGACCAACACCACUAUGAGAACCAGAGUCGUCAGUGGCUUUGUGUUCCUGAGACUGAUCUGUCCUGCCAUCCUCAACCCGAGAAUGUUUAACAUCAUCGCUGACCCUCCUUCUGCAACUGCGGGCCGAACCCUCACGUUGGUUGCCAAGUCUGUCCAGAAUCUAGCUAAUCUGGUGGAGUUUGGCGCAAAGGAGCCCUACAUGGAGGGAGUGAAUCCGUUCAUUAAAAAUAACAAACACAGGAUGAUCAUGUUUCUGGAUGAGUUGGGGAAUGUCCCCGAACUCCCUGAAGCUACAGAGCACUUUAGGACAGACCUGUCCCGCGACCUCGCCGCCCUGCAUGAGAUCUGUGCCACACACUCGGACGAACUCCGAACCCUGAGCAACGAGAGAGGAGCACAGCAGCACGUGCUGAAAAAGCUACUGGCCAUCACAGAGCUUCUUCAGCAGAAACAGGUUCACUAUGCCAUGUCCAACAGCAACAGGACUGAGUGCACGAUCAUGGCGUUGGCUGCCACCAUCCAGGUAAUGUGAAAUCUACCAAAGGCGCGAGACAUCAGUCAGUCGACCAAACAGCCAGCCCCGGGGCGCUGGCACGGAGACCAGGCUGACUUGUAUUGACACUGUAGCUUUCUGGCUGUUUCUAUCCAGGAUGGCUGACUGAGCCUCAUCCUGGGAAAAGAGGCUGUGGAUCUGGUCAAAGAUCUUGAACAUACACUGGUGAAAUAAGGAAUACCUGCUCUACCCACGCAAUGCUAACCUGAACGAUAUUCACAUUUAACGGAAGUCCACACCAACAUGAAGGGGACCCUGACAACAGUUUGCCUACACGGCAGAGCUAAAGUGUACUGACCACUACAGAGAACUAUGGACCAUCUCCUGUACGUGGACUGGCUCGGCCUUCAUUUGGGAAAGGAGGCCGACCUGAAAGCUUGAGGUCCCUACGCUAAGCCACGCUGUUAUUAGUGUAACCUUCCCAGAGGGCCUUGGGACAAAGGCGAGCCAAACCAUUGAUGCGAUAAACAUCAGGGAAGCAUAACAUAGCACCUCUCCAAGACGCAAGCCUUAAUUCAAUUUAAUCACACCACUACAGCCCAAGUCAACUUCUUCCUUUCUCUGAAAUGGCAGUUUACAGUUCACAUAGCUUCAUAUACAGUAUAGCCCUGAAGUUACUAGCUACAUCUUUUAAACCACAUGUGCCAAGCCCAAUUCCUUGGAGGGCCGAGUGUCCGCUGGGUUUUGCUCCAACCUUGUACUUUAAAUUAUUAAUUAGGUCACUAAUUAGGAACUCCCCUCACCUGGUUGUCUAGGUCUUAAUUAGACACCAACUAAAGGAACAAACAAAUCCAGCAGACACUAGGCCCUCAAUGGAAUCAGUUUGGCACAUAGGCUUGGACGGCAAAAGUAGUGUUUUUGAUAGCUAAAUGAAACCGCACAGCAAUAGAUUAACAUUUGUAUGACAGCUCAACAGUUUUAAGGACCUAUUUGUAACCUGUGCACGUGUAACCCCUGACAACUGGCCAGCUGUUUGGACCUAGAUACACGCUGGGAAAAUGAAAGGAACCUAAACAUCUUCUCUUUAGCCUAAGCCUGGGCUAAUUCAACAGAAGCUUUUGUUGUUUAUAACUUCAGUGUAACCCUGACUAACCCACCUUCCGCUCUGAUACAAGCCAACGCCAGGCUGACCUCAGAGAUAAGGGACUUGAAGGUCAUGGAGCUUCACCAAACGCUGUCACUUGGAUGAGAACUGGCCCAUUCUGUACGCCCAUUAUCUGCUAAUUCAAACACCUCUGAACACCAGAGACUUAAAAACCAAGAGACGUUUACAUAGUUUCUCAGUUUGGAUGCACUGAAGAUUACACAGACCUCACAAACAUUACCCUAGUGUUCACAUACCAUCCAGAUAAGGAUGAGACUCAAAUGUACCAGUGUCAGCUGUGCUUUAUGAGGAGUAAAACUGUUCCACUUCACCUUUAUUUCUAUAUAACUGAUGUGUUUAUUUUUUAUUUUUCUACUUGAUAGACAGAACCGUGAAUCGUUUGCAUCUUAGAUACACUUGAUCGACCAGGCUAAAUAAAACUGUUGGUAUGUAAAACAAGA